UUUAUUUAUUUAUCGAGGUAUCUAAUAAUUGUUUAUUUUGUUACAGACAGAAGAUGAAGGUAACCAUGGCAACGAUGACACGCGUUGUUUCAUCCUGUCAACACUGGCAUCUCAGGGCCGUAAUAAGGUCCACUGUGUUUUGUGCGAAGAGCAACUGUUGGUGUUCGACAGGUAUCCAUUGGUCGACGGAACGUUCUUCCUUAGUCCCAGGCAGCACGCGAAGAGCUGCAUCGAGGUGAAAGUUGAAGGCCGUACGCAAUUUCUCAGCGUAGUUUGCAUGGGAUGUCUCGAAGGUGUCCACGGUCGCGCCAUAAUGUGUAGAUUCUGCAACCAAAAAUGGGACGGUUCUUCCUUGGUGUUGGGUACCAUGUACUCGUACGACAUUUUCGCAGCAAUGCCUUGCUGCACGGAAAGGAUAAAGUGUAACUCCUGUUACAAGCCAGUUUUGCAUCCCGCGCAGAGGCUAAACUUCUUCAGCGACUACAGCCAUAUGGUGCCGUGUCCGCAUUGCCGCACUUUGGACACGCACUUCGUCAAGCCUCUUCCAUUUUGCUACGCUCGACAGAUUUCGCGCCCGCCGCUGCAAUUGUGGCCAUAGCAAGCGGCGUCUGGCGCCGCUGUCGCCAAGACUGUCCCACAGCCGCUGAUCUGCACCAACAGCAGCGCCACUACCCAGCCAGCAUUCCCUGUCGCGCAGCCGCAGCUUGCGCGCCAGGUCCAGCCACCAGUCAACCCAGAUCCGGAUCCACUUGACUUGGAUCUGGGUUUGCUGUGGCGGGAGCUGGCAGGACUGCGGUUGGACGAAUUUUGCAGGUUGCAGUUGACCAGGACACGGUAGAGCGUGCGGUAGCCAUGGGGAAUGGGAGACGGUUCAUGGUUGCGUGGAAAGGUCACUUUCAGGAGGUUUGCAUACCCGAGUAUAAUUAAUUUAUAGACCUUAUAAUGUUACACAUGUCUCUCGUCGGUGUAUUUAAUUACUCAAAAGAAACAACCUUCUUGGUAUCAAGCUUGAGGAUUAUACUUCACCUCACUAAUCUCAUCCAAAUCCAACUCAUUCAUGUCACUUUUUUCGGAAUCUAAUUAGCGUAUACAUUGAAUACAUUCAGCUUCCAUAUCAAAUAAGUCUUACGAUACUCAGGAAUAUAUUAUAAAAUAAUUUUAUGGAAUAAACGUAUGCACAAAAAGAAGAACUGAAAUUAUACAACUGGAUCAGGGAUUCUUGUCAACAAUGCUCAGCUAUGCUCAAUACAUGUUUAGGGACUGAUAUAUCCGAUGCAAAUACAAAGUGCCUAUCACUAUGAUCAUCACAAUAAUCCGAAAAUCAUACUCAUAGCUUACUCAUAAGUGAAAAUAUGUCUUAGGUGUCUGAAACCUCCUGGAAUGAUAACUUUCAUUUUCACCAUCACGACCUCCCUUGAUCUCCGAAAUUAGUUUUCUUUGUUAUGUUGUUGCAUUUUUAUACGCAUUUAUUUUUGGGACAAAAAACGUAGUAACUUUUUGGCGAUGGCACUGCGUUUCUUACACAUACAUUGUGGUCCGUCACCGAACCUUUUUGACAAUCUGACCUUUGAAUACUCCCAGUCAUCGAAUUUUGUAAAAUCAAUCGACAAUACAUAUUUCACACAAUAUCGGUUAGUCUAAUCAUAUUAGACGAAAAUACCCCUGGUUUGCGAAAUAAUUGCAAAGCCUGAUUUAGUUUUUCAAUUGGAUAUUUAAAACAUGGACGCAUAAAAUUAGUACACCAAAUUUUGUGGUAAAUCUUUUUAUUUGACAACAAAGAAUAAGGUUUGUGGGUAUUUAUGAGAGCUGCAGAAUGAUACCACACGUA